AUGGCUGCUGUUCGGCGCCUUGCAUCCAUCUUGGCGGCUUUCUUCGUCUGGGCUUCGACUUUGACCUGGUGCACCGCCGAAGAUGAACUGGCUCUACAGGCCCGGUUGACUACCUGCGAGUUGAUCAGAUACUUCGACUAUCCCUGCGAAAUCAGCUACGUCACCACGGACGACGGUUACGUCCUGGAAGUGAACAGGGUGCCGCAUGGAUUCCAGGGCAACGCAACAGCUGAGCAGGAGCAGAACGGGACCCGUCGCCACCCCGUGCUGUUUGUGCCGCCGCUCCUUAGCGGCUCGGACGUAUGGUUUUUAAACUACCCUUCGCAGGCCCCAGGCUUCCUGUUCGUCGACGCUGGCUUCGACGUAUGGUCGAUGAACUCCAGGGAUGCGGAACGCUACUCUAACCACACGACCUUGUCCAAGAACAACCCCGAAUAUUGGAAGUACAGUUUCAACGAGAUGGGACGCUACGACGUUGCUGCUGGAGUCGAUCACGUCCUCAACGCUACCGGUGCGGAGAGGCUGACAAUCGUCACCUUCUCGCAGGGGGUCGCCACUGUUCUGGUUUUGCUGUCCACGCGACCGGAGUACAACGACAAGGUCGACCUGGUUGUUGCGUACGGUCCUGUUGCUAACCUCUCUCAUGUGGGGCCUCCAUCUUCGGUUCCGUUGCCCUUCACACCUUUACUAGCGGCCUUCCUCUACCCCUUCUCCAGGGCUGGCUACCUGGGGGCGUCUGAGGGCCUCUCAGUUCUUCUUGCGAAAUUGUGCAAGAUUUUGACGGGCGAAGUGUGCUCAUUGGCCGUCACUAUAACGCUCUUCAGCAGCCCUUAUCAACUGAACGAGGUGCACAAAGCCAAAGACUUCGUCAUGUACGAUCAUGGCGCCAAGGAGAACCUUAAGCGGUACAAUCAGAGGAAACCGCCGGCGUAUCCCUUGCAACGCAUCACAACUCCGUGGGCGAUCUUCUCGUCAGAGGGCGACCAGAUCGCCGACUCGCGUGACAUCGAAAAACUGGUUGCCAGACUCGGAUCGAGGGUUAUCCUGCAUCGGGUGGUUCCACAGAAGAACUUUGGUCACACAGACUUUGCAAUUGGAUACAGAAGCACCGACUUUUUGCACAAUGUCGCCAUCGACGUUGUGAAGCAGCAGAUCGGUCAGAGCGAAUGA